GUAUUCUCUCAAUUAGUGAUAUUAUUAUAGAACUAAAUGAGGAGGAAACUGGGAGAGAAGAGGAGUGUGAAGAUCAGACUGUUGAAAGUCUUGUUGUGACAGGUUUAUCUACUGUAGAUUCUAAUAUCCCAGGUGUAAGUGAUGCACCUCAAAGAAUCAUUAGAGAAUCAAGGUAUAAAUCUAAAUGUGGCUCAUUUGUUUUCUAUAUUGCGUAUGAUUCCCAGAGGCUCUUAUAUAGAGAGCAGACAUUUAUUUUGGUUUAGAAAAUAUUUUUCUAAAAUUCUUGUUUUUUUUAAUUUCAGAUUAAUCCACAGUAUUAAAGUUACUGGAGAGGAUUUCAACUUUGGUCCUGUGCUGGGAAAAGGAUCGUAUGGAAAGGUGUAUCUGGCCAAAUUUGCGAAAACCGACCAAAUCGUGGCUGUCAAGACCUUUAAAAAGAAGGAAAUUUUGAAGGAUCUUGAUUGUCUAAUUCCAGAAAGGAACAUUCUAAAAUUGGCACAAACGGAACAACAACCUUUCGUGGUGAACAUAUUUGCUGCUUUCCAAACCGAAUACCAUGCCUGCCUGGCUAUGGAUUUUGCUCCCGGAGGCGAUUUGAAUCAACAACUGUCGAAGAGAAGAUUUUCAGAGCCGACAGUUGUGUAAGUGCAGUUAGAAACCUCUGCAGGGUCAAUAGAGUUUUAGCAAAAAUAUCAGUAACAUAGUCAAUAAAAACAGUUUUAGAAUUAUAGAAGAAAGUUUGUAGAAAGAUGAUAGUUUUCAAGAAUAAGUAUUAAACAAAAAAUAGCAAAUGAUGAUAUUUCAGAUUAGCAAAAUGCUUCUGCUUUAUUUUGAGCAACUUGACAUUAAGGAGUAUAUUUAUCAUGCCGUGCAAAAAAUGGAGUGAAUCACUA